UGGCAGAAAUGGAGAGGAAGGCGGGCUAUCAACUCACUCUUCUGGCUUUCUUUGGAUUGCAGAUCAUGAUUGCAUGUGCAUGGGCAGGGGCAGAAGACAGGCUGAUGAAUGUAACGAAGUUGGAAAUGUUUGUUGAUGAUCUUCCUGAUAUGCCCAGAUUGAAGGGUUUUGAUGUCGUCAAUGGCGUCUCUCUUCCCAAGUGCUUAACCAUUGGCAUGUUCCAUAAGUUUUGGAAAUUUCACAGAGACAUUCCCCCAACCCCAGUGUUCGCUUAUGGUACGAGUGAGGGCACUGCAACAGUUCCCGGUCCAACAAUCGAGGCUCGCUAUGGGGUCCAAACAUACGUGACGUGGCAAAAUCACCUCCCUUCACAUCACAUACUUCCCUGGGACCCCACCAUCCCGACGGCCAUACCGACCACUAAGAAGGGCGUCCCUACGGUGGUUCACCUCCACGGCAGCAUCGGCGAGCCUGCAAGUGACGGACACGCGGAUGCCUGGUUCACUGCAAAUUUCGAAGAAGUAGGGCCCACGUGGACUAACGAAACGUAUCGCUACUACAACUAUCAACAGCCGGGGAACCUAUGGUAUCAUGAUCAUACAAAGGGGUUGACCAGAGUCAACCUUUUGAGCGGUCUGAUUGGGGCCUACAUCAUUAGACAUCCUGAGGUCGAGGGCCCACUUGGACUCCCAUGUGGAGAUGAGAUCGAUCGUCCGUUGUUUGUCUUUGAUCGAAACUUCCGCGUCAACGGCUCGCUGUACAUGAAUUCGACAGGAAAUAACCCCUGUAUACACCCUCAGUGGCAGCCUGAGUAUUUCGGUGAAGCAAUCAUCGUAAACGGCAAGGCUUGGCCUCGCUUGAUCGUGAGCCGGAGAAAGUACCGUUUUCGCAUCAUCAAUGCAAGCAAUGCUCGCUUCUUCAACUUCUUCUUCACCAACGGCCUGGGAUUCACUGUCGUGGGAUCCGAUUCAGCCUACAUUGAACGGCCGGUGACGGUCAAAGAGAUCCUCUUGGGGCCAUCUGAGAUCACAGACGUGAUCGUUGAUUUUUCUGAGUCGAUCUCCGAUUCGACUAUCCUAGCUAACAAUGCAUCGUAUCCUUACCCUUCUGGCAAUCCGGUGAACGAAGCCAACGGCAAAGUCAUGAAGUUCAUCAUCAAACCACGACGAGAAGUCGAUACGGCUACGCUGCGAGUACCAACGAAUUUGAUCGGGUAUCCAGCUCCUGAUUUAUCAUCAUCUACUCCAGUGACGCGGUACAUCGCCAUGUACGAGUACACGAGCGACACUGGUGAGACAACCCAUCUAUACAUCAACGGGAAAUCAUUCGAAGCGCCGGUGACGGAGACGCCAAAAGUGGGAGCCACAGAGGUCUGGUACGUGAUUAAUCUGACGAGUGAUAAUCAUCCCCUGCACCUCCAUCUGGCCUUGUUCAUGGUGCUAGAUCAGGUGGAGCUGGUGGGUAUCGAUGAAUUUCAUAAUUGCAUGUUGAAGAUCAAUGAUGCGAUCAAGUGCCAGAUAAGCAAGUACGCACGUGGCAAAAGGGUGGAGGUGGCGGCGCACGAGAAGGGGUGGAAGAACGUGUACAAGAUGACUCCCGGAUAUGUGACGAGGAUCCUCGUGAGGUUCUCAUAUAUACAUACAAAUGCGUCCUACGUGUUUGAUGCAACUGCGGAUCCUGGUUACGUCUACCAUUGCCACAUGUUGGAUCAUGAAGAUAAUGUAAUGAUUAGGCCCAUGAAGUUAAUCAAGUGAUGGAAGCUCGCUGGUGUCGAAGUCAUGGCAUUAAGAAAACUCAUUUGUGAUUAGUUGCAUGUGCUGUUGUCGAAAGCUUGAUUACUAUUUAUCACAUAAUGUAAUAUAAUACAUCUAUAUUUAUAUAUAUAUAUAUAUCCCAG